AUGAACAGAAGGAACCAAACACUGGGGUUAGAGAUUGUAGGACACCAUGGAUGUAAGAGAUGGGGACUUACUCAGUCCCUAGGCUCUUACAUGCAUCACAAAACCGACACACCAGUGAGGAAAACUUGUGUCUUGAGCUGCACGGAUGGGAUUGUAUUGCUUUAUAGCGAAACCCUAGAAGGUUCACCAAUGUAUCAUGUAGGAAACCCUUUGUUGCAACAAUGGGUUCAAAUCCCUCUUCCUCCACAUCUCACGGUUUUCGAUGUCGUGAGGUUACAAGAGAACAAGUUAUUCAGUGACACUGGAUUGGUAACAAAGAUGGAAAAGGGUAUUGUCGUGGGUUACAAGGUAGUGUGGAUGUUGGCCUCAUGUAUUGUAUCUACUAGACUCACUUUUUUGGUAUAUUCUUCUGAAACAGGAGUAUGGGAAACCAAAGAUGUGCAUUCUCUUCGUGUCUUGAUUUGGUUCCGACUAAAGUAUUCGGUUUCUUUGAACGGGAUUCUCCAUUGGCUUUCCUCUUAUGGUAACAACAUAGAUGCAAGUCAUGUUUUAUCCUAUGAUUUCUACAAUGGAGGUGAUGUGUGUCAUACAAUACCUUUUCCUGAUAUUCAAGAACAUCUACAAAGUCGGAGUUUCAAGAGAACAAUCUCAACGUCUGAAGGAUUUGUUGUGUAUUGCAACGUUUCUAGCUCGUAUAAUGGAUUCCCUACAAUCAAGGUUUGGAGGCUAAUCUCUACGGAUGAUCAUCCUAAUGCAUGGGAACUCUCGUGGGAAGUUAACCCGGAUUUCGAGUUCGGUGUUGAUUAUUUCCCUGUAGUGAUGCAUCCUUUGAACUAUGAGAUCAUAUACCUUUGGAGUAGGAACAUUAACGCUAUAGUGACGUUAAACUUGUUGACAUACAAGUUUACUCUUCACAGAGAGGAGUCAUCAUUGGAAGAUGAGGUGGACAACAAGUACUCUUUAGAUGGUUGCAUCAUGACAUGUAGUGGUUGCAAGGAGUAUAUGGACUCUAUCUACUCAAUUUAUGUCAAUGGUGUUUACCGUGGUACUCAUGAUCUCUACUUUUCAACGUGCGUGCUCCCACGCUGGCUAAAUCCGCUCCCUCGGCGUUCUUGA